AACAGUAAGUGUAUUUUUCCCUUAAAUAUUUCUUUCACCUCCGACCAAGUACCAUCUCUGUCUUCUCGUUCGGACGGGUCGCAGCAAUUCGUCGUGAUCUUUCCCAGGCCGACGAGAUCGUCCGCAGUCCAGCGAGAUCUUCCCAAGCAAUUCAGCCGAGACGCAACCAUUCGGAGGCGCCGAUGUAUGGCGAGGUGCAGCAGUCCGGCCCUUGAACUUUUUUACCACUUCACUCGCUCGUUGCGGAGUUGCAGUCCCAUGCUUCAAGAACACAAACCCUAGUAUUGCUAGGCUAGCAAAAUGACCCCAUUCCCAUGAGAUCCGUACUGUAAUCCUAGCCCCAAGGUCUCAAAAAUGGCACCCGAGAGGCGCUUCCUUCCUCUCCUUCUGUUUUCUCUCUCAGUUCUCUUCCUCUACUCCUACUUCCACUCCUCUCUUCACGUUUCCACUUCAGAGGCCUCCACUUCUACCUCAACUUUCUCCUUCCCCAGAAACCUUAACCCUAUUGCCAAUCCUAACCCCAAUUCUUUCAACUUCACUGUCACGAUCAAAGUUCUCACCUUUGAUCGCCUCGCCUCUCUCUCCCGCUGCCUACGCUCCCUCGCCAAUGCCGAUUAUGGAGGCGACAAGAUCAAUCUUCACGUCUACAUUGACCAUUUCUCUCUUACAGAUUUGAAGGAUGAUGCCAGUGGUGCGGUAUUGGACAAAAAGUUAGAGAAUUCACGCAGGAUUUUGGAUUUCGUUGAUGGGUUUAGCUGGAAAUUUGGGCAGAAGCUGGUGCAUUACCGGACGGGUAAUGUGGGUUUGCAGGCGCAGUGGUUGGAGGCAUGGUGGCCGGGGUCCGACGACGAGUUUGCAUUUGUUGUGGAAGAUGAUUUGGAGGUUUCCCCACUUUAUUACAAGUUUAUUCGCGGGUUGAUUUCGAAUUAUUAUUACAAUGCUUCAAAUUUUAGUCCCUCAAUCUAUGGGGCAUCCUUACAGCGUCCAAGGUUCGUCCCAGGUAAACAUGGAAAUAAAAUGCACUUGGAUAGUGAAAUGCGACUUUUCUUGUACCAGCUGGUGGGUACAUGGGGUCAGCUUCUUUUCCCAAAACCAUGGAAAGAGUUCCGUUUGUGGUAUGACAUCCACAAGGCAAAGGGCAUUAAGCCUUUUCUUGAGGGGAUGGUGACAACAGGAUGGUAUAAAAAAAUGGGAGAGAGAAUUUGGACGCCAUGGUUCAUUAAAUUUAUCCAUUCUCGUGGCUAUUUUAAUAUUUACACCAAUUUCUUACAAGAGAGAGCACUCAGUGUUUCUCACAGAGAUGCUGGUGUCAACUAUGGGAAAACAGUGGGCCCAGAUUCACACUUACUUGAUGAAAGUUCUUUAGAUUUUGACCUCUUGGAAAUGCAACCUUUAAGUAAUUUAAAGUGGUAUGAUUUCUGUUUUAAAGAAGUUCAUCCUGAAAGCAUGAUUCAGCAGUAUGAUGAGCUUAGGCCUAUGCUGUCUUCUCUGCAGAAACAGGAGAACAUUAUCCUUGUGAGCCUAUUUGGAGCAUCCGAAGCAGUCAUAAAGAACUUGCUUUGCCAUUUUGAGAGGCUAAAUAUUCAUAAUUAUGUUCUUGUGGGGCCCAAAUCCAAUUUCAUACUUGACCUUGCUAGAAGGGGGCAUCCAGUAAUUGAUGCAGACCAAUUUUUAGAAGGCAGUGGAGUGUACAAAUUGAAAGAUUUUCAAGAAAGCAGGGCUGAAUUGAGAAAAGAGAUAGUUGUGAAGGCUCAUGUAAUCAAGCAGUGUUUGGAAUCUGGAUAUAAUUUGUGGGUUGUGGAGGCGAACGUGCUUUUAACUGGGAGUAACCCAUUUUUUCAUUUGUUAGUUCCCAAAUAUGAUUUCUAUGUUGGGGUGGCAACAGGGCUGUUUUUUGUCAGGAGCUCAUCUUCUACUCAGAAAAUAUGGGUUAAUGAUUUUAUGGAAGAGGUUGCUGCGAUGGCAAACUUGUUGUCAGAUGGGGAUUCAUUGCCAAGAGAAGGUAGAAAUUUUGUGUAUGUGGUGACAAAAUUAUUGGAGCAGAAGGGGACUAGGAUUAAGAGGGUUGAUGAGACGAGUUUUGGUGUGAGAAUUGAUGCAGGUAGAGUUAACAAAACCUCUUUAGGGGAUAAAGAAAAGAUGGUUUUCUGGUCUUCUGAAGUGGGAGUGAAUUUCAUCGAGAAACGGCUUCAAGAAUUGGGCAUGUGGAUUGUAGAUGGUGAAUCCUCUUGUAUAGCUGUUGUUUGUCACCAGUCUUAGCAUCUUGCAGACUUGUCUUGGUUACUGUUUUUCUAACCUCUUUAAUCAAUGAUCAAUUUUGUUUUUUUCUGUAA